AUGGGCGCCAUGGGCACGAUGCCUCCAGCACCUGCUGAGUCGCAAACGAUGGAGCCGAUGAGUAGCAUGGCGUAUGCAGAUGACGAUGAUCAGGUGGACGAGGGCGCUAGCGGCUGCCUUUCCGAACCUCCCCCCGACUUGAUUUCAACUACGGAAGUGCUGUCGUCUACUCAUUGCGCCAGCGGCGCCGGCGGGAGCGGCGCCGGCGACGAGUACGAUACAGCUGCCGACGCGUCAGACCUCAUGAUUGCCGACGACGAUGGCGACAUCGACGCGACGGCGGCAGGUGUUGGUGGCGGCGGCCCCGCUGGAAACAACGCUUCGCCCCUUGUUGCCGCCGCGGCCACCACAGCCACAGCCGCGGCAGUGGCAGUGGCAGCGGCAACGUCAGGCCAAACUGCCGACGCUGCCGCCGCUGUCACCGCCGCUGCCCCUGAUCUUAACUGCACCCUCUCAACAGCUCUGAACAGCGACGCCGCCGCUGUGGCGACUGGCGCCUCCACGGCCUCCGGCGCCUCCGGCGCCGGCACCAGGGUUGUCGUACUCGACAGCGCGGCGCUAUCCGCCAACGCGGCGGCUCUACUAGAACAGAUGGCCCUUGACGAUGGAUUUGGCGGUUCUGACGUCGGCAAUAAAAACGGUCGUGACGGCGAUGGCGACGAUGACGUUGACGAUGACGUUGACGUUGACCGGGACGAGCCGCCAGCUCCGGAUCCCCGUGAGAACCGAGACGAGGACGAGGAGGGUGGGGGGGGGAAGGAGGGGGAGUACGACGAAGAGGAAGACGACGGAGAAGGGCAGGAGGAGGCAAAGGGCUCCUCCAGAAUUAUGACUGCACAGCGGCAGCAGCGGCGGCAGCCCCACCUCGGAGGAGCCGCCGGCGACAGUACGGCCGAUCAGACCGCCGCCGCCGCCGCCGCCACCGCCACCGCAGCUGCAGACUCAGCCCGAGCGAUCAGGCUCAUCGCCGCCUUUGCGGAACGGAAGCUGACGGCGGCGGUGGCGGGGAUGUCAGCGGCGGCGGCGGGGAGUAACGGUGCCGGUUCUCUGGACAGCAGCGGCGGCGGCGGCGGCGGUCGGUCAGGGCCUCCGGCACCCGCAGGUGGUGGUGGCGACGCCGAAUUAAUGGAGGCUUGUCGGUUGGUUCGGUUGCUGUGUCGGUUAGGCCAAGCAACGGAUCUUCAGAUCUAUAUCGUUAUUUAA